UGAUAAGAACAGAACAGGGCCCAUUCAAUAAUGGAGUGUUGAACCAUGAAUCUGAAUCAUAUGAUCCACCCCCUUCCCUAACAGUCAUCCUCCACAGGACCGACCCCCUUCAUCUGGAGUUUGCCCGUCGACUUGGAUCGCUCGAUGGCGGAGAUUUGGAAGCAGGAGACGACGGAGGGAGAGGGGGACGAACAGAAGGUGGCCAAGACGUGCAAGAGGUGCAAGCACAGCUACGCCCCUUCCUCUAACCAUUCCUCCGCAUGCCGCUUUCACCCUUCCUUCUUCGUCUCCCGUCGCCACGACGACCAACGCAGGUACUACGAGUUGGGACCUGAUGAUCCCCCUUAUGCUGCCAAGUUCUACGACUGUUGCGGUGCUGAGGACCCCGAAGCUCCUGGCUGCACGACUAGCACCCACGUCUCUUAUGAUGAUGAUUAAGACGACCGAUCACAUAGGGGCACGGAUGGAUCUCGCUAAGCAUGGUCGGUCCCCAACAUAUCUCCAUCCCCACUUCCCUAUUCUGCUCGCACAUCGUUGAAGGACUUUUCAGAUGCCUGAAUAUGCUUCAUGUCUGUGUACAUUCAACAUCUACCGAGCUGCAGAGGCCAAAGAAAGUAGCUAGUUGUGCUUCUUUUGAUAUUCAAAGAAUCUCCUUUCCUUUUGUACACACGCGCAUACACCCAUCUUAAUCCUGCAAUGGUGUUUUAGCAUCAAUUUUGAAUUUCCCUCCCAGCAAAA